AUGAUGAAUGCGACUGACCAGGAUAUGCACAUGUGCCUCAGUUGCCACACGACCAUUAUUGGUCUGAUGAACUAUGUACAACAUAAACAAAGUGGUUGCCAUCCACGCAAGACCUCAGCAACUCAGGCUCUCAAUGCACUCAGCACUGUGCCUCCAGCUGCACCCUCAGAAACAAUAUUUGAUUCCGAGUCAGCUGAUACCUACACUGUGGCCACUGAAGAGGAGACCAACUUGCCUCCAGCUACAGAAAGCAUAACAAUCUCUACCGAAAUUAUCAGCAAAGAGAACUCAAUGAUUACUCCACCACUCAGGCCAGUGACAUCUGAGGAAGCUCCAGAGAGCUCAAACAUUGGAUUGAUAUCACAGCCAGUUGUUUCAGAGGAAAUAACAAGUGUCAUAACCCAGACUGACUUGCCAGCUGAGGCUGCCACGGCUCCUCCACCCUCAUCACCACCUUCACCACCACCUCCUCCGCCAGCUCCCCCGUCACCUCCUCCACCACCUCCUUUGGAAGAAAAAGCAGAAGAGCCAGAUGUCACCAUGACAGAUGAAGUGCCCCAUGAAGAGGAUCAGGUAGCUGUCUCACCUGACAAGGAAAAUGAUCAAAUACCAUCAAUAACCACACCAUCGUCACCCUUCAAAAGUGGUGAGAACUUUUUCCAUUCAUUGGAACUGCAGAGCAAGAAAGAAGAUGGAGAGAGAAACACUUCUCCAGUGAAAAGCCAAAAAGUCAUCAAAAGUACACUGGACAAGAGCUCAUCCAACAACCACAGUGACCUGCCUAUCUCCAACAUCUUCAGCAGCCUGGACUUUUCCAGUGAUGAAGAUUUUGAUUUUUCCUAUCCUGAAUUUUCCAGUGAUUCUAAUGAUUACUCCACUGAUGAAGAUAAUGCUCCACCACGGACUCACACUGGUGGCAAGUGGAAACCUGGAGAAGGGCCAAGCUCAUGCAAAACAUUCCCUCACCCAGGAUACACAGGAGGGAAAUGGAAGCCUGGUGAGAUGCCCCUAGAAGUACAGCUGAAAAGUGGUGCAACAGUCCCAGGAAACAGUGAAACUACCAGAGAGGUUGGUACAGAAGAGGACUCAGGGGCUCUUUUAGGUACCGAUGGUGCUUCUGCAAUUGUUCAGGAGGAAUUAAAAUCAAGCUUGAAGGAAAAUCACUGUUCUGAGUGUAACAGCCAUGAUUGUAAGCAUAUUAGAAAUGUUUCAGCUGGAGUGAGUGAGUUACCUACUUCUAAAGAUGUUGGAGAUGACGGCAAUGCCAUUAAAAAACGCACCAAGAAACGGCAAAAAAUAUUAGAUAAUACCUCUGAAUCUGUGCACCACUGUCAGGUUUGUGACAAAUCAUUCUUUAGUAAGUAUGUAAUUGGCCGACACAUUCUGACUCGGUACCACCAAAAUCGAGCAAAAACACAUCCAGAUGGAUUCCACAUGCUUGAGAAAUACUAUCGUUAUGUCAUACGCCUUUGCCCAUUUCAAUGUAGCAUUUGUCAGUUUUACUUCAACCGUGAGAAGGACUUGCUUGAUCACAUGAACACCAAUGAGCAUUUGUGCAACUCUCUUGCAUUAGUUGGACCCAUGUUUUGCACAGUGUGCAACCUGAAAUUAAGUAAUAAUGCAAACAUGCUGGCGCACCUGAAAAGUGAUGAAAAGCAUAAGCAGUCCUUGGAACAGCAGAAACAAUUAUGCAUUGUGAAAGAAUGCCGUUAUCAGAUACAGUGUCCUUUCUGUGAUAUUAUACUCCAUUCAUCAGUCCGGCUAAGGAGACACAUUCGUUAUAAACACAAGAAUGGUAAGCAGGUAAAAUCAUCACCCCGUCGCAAGGGCCGUUUCAAACCAGAAUGUCCUAAAUGUCAUGUCAAGUGCCAUUCAAUGUCUGCCCUUGAAAUUCACAUCCGGAGGCGCCACACAAAGGAAAAACCAUACCCUUGCAAAUUAUGUAACAAGAGUUUUUCAGAUAACUAUUCAUUGAAAAUGCAUAUGAAAACUAACAAGCAUAUGAAGAAGGUGACUCCAGAAAAAAUCCGAAAACCAAGACAAAAAAAGAAAAAGUUUAACCCUGAUCUUGUGCCUAUUGAUGAAGUUAGCCUGGAUGGUGAUGAAGAAGUAAGUUCCAAAAAAAGUGUUCCAAAUACAAGCAGCAAAGUUCGUGUCAAUGGUGAGAGAUUGCGAAUCGUCGUAAAACCAACUCCAAGAAAACAACCAAUUGUGAGACGCAACAAACCAAAGCAUAAACCCAAAAUUUACAAAUGUGAGCAUUGUGACUUUACAGCACAAAAAUAUGGUGACCUAAGGCCACAUUAUCUUGACAUACACUCUGGGCAUGUUUUCUUAUGUACUGCCUGUGACCUUGUGUUUUUGUCAGAGAAGGCUCUGCGUGUGCAUUAUGCAGGCCGCAUGCAUCAGUCGAAUAUGCUGAAGAAUGAUGAAAGCAACCUGUACACUUGUGAGGAAUGUGGUAGGAAAUUUCAUGAUGAGCGUUGGUGCCAAUUUCAUGUUGAGAUGCAUCAUAACCACUUAAAUAAUGAGGAAGCAGUCAGGAACAUGUACCAAGGGAAUGAUAUCACCAGCAGCAAGUACUGGGACUAUCUGGAAGAAAUUGCUCAACAACCACGUUACAGCACAGUCCAGUGCCCUGAGUGCUCAAAGAACCUGAAAAAGGAACAUGUGAUGGAACAUUUACGUAUGCACACAGGAGAAAAGCCAUUUCUGUGUCGCUUUUGCCAAACUGGGUUCAUUUCAAGCCUGUCCCUACGUCGUCACAUUCUUCGUCAUCUUGGUCUCACUGAGCGAAAGUGCCAGAUCUGUGGCAAAGAAUUCCAGAAAGUAUUCUCAUACAAUGUGCACAUGAAGCAGCAUGAGAACCCAGAUGCUGCCAAGUUGUCCCAUAUGUGUGAAGUGUGUGGGCAGUCAUUUUCGCUUAAGACUCAACUAGUUGCACACAUGCGCCGUCAUGGACAGCGUGCUCAUAAGUGUCCAUUUCCUGACUGCAAGUGGGACUUUGUUUUUAAGAGUGAACUGACCAGCCAUUUACGCACACACACAGGGGAGAAGCCAUUCCUCUGCGAUAUCUGUGGUUAUUCAGGUGCUACUCGUACCCGGCUGGCCCGUCAUGCCCGCAUUCACACUGGCGAGAGGACAUACCAUUGUGAUUAUUGCACGUAUAAAGCUGGAAAUAGCACUCAUCUGCGGCGUCAUAUGCGUAUCCACAUUGGCUCCAAGCCUUAUAAAUGUCCUUAUUGUUCGUACUCUUGUAAUACUCAUGAGAAUAUCCGAAAACACAUCACCAAGACAAAGCGGCAUGAAGGCAUGUGUAUCUAUCCUUGCAAGUUCUGCCCUUUUGGCACAAACAGCACCAAAGAUUUCCGCCACCACCUGCUUGAAGCUCAUCAUGAUCAGUGUGACCAUAAGAGCUUGGAAGUUCUGUCUGCAUUCACUGGUCUCUAUAACAAAGAAGUGGACCCACGCAAACCUCCUGAAGGUAGUCAAAUCAUUCCGAUCAAAGAACGAAAACAGCGAAUGUCUAAAACCAUUAUUCAAGAUCAGAACAGCCUGCUACUUGCAGAAGAAGCAGAUGAUGAACAGAUUUCUUUGACCCAUGAGGAUGUAGAAGUAGACAAGGCGACAGAGGGCACAGAAGUUACUGUUGUUCAAGACAGCCAUUUGUCUAUGAUAGCAGCAGCGAUUUCAGAGACUGGUGUCCAAACAGUUGGUGAUACUGAGCAAAUUGAAACAGACACAGAACAACCUGAAACCCAUCAAGAACAGCUUGUGCAAACAGCUGAAACCAGUAUACAUACCAUUUCAAAUGCUCAGUACCGGAGUGACAUUAUUCAACAUCCCCAGUUUCGUGCAGACAAUCUGACCAACACCCACUUCCAGGCUGAUAGCACUACUCUUACUACUCAAGCAGGAGAUCCCAAUACUGCUAAUGUCCUUUCAAUUCCAGAAAAUCCGGCCAUCUCUUCUUCGCUGGACCUUGGUUAUUGUACUACUAUUGAGUAUAUAUGUUUGCAAACUCCCAAUGGCACAUAG